AGCUAGGUCUAGGGUAUUCUCCUGUGGCGGAGCGAGCGCGCCAUGGCGCCGGGGGAAGGGGGAUUGGCGCCACUGCACUGAGAGCUGCUGAUUCCAGGCAGCAUUCCCGGGGGCGAUGGCGCAGAGCAACGGGAAGAAGUAUCUGGGUGUUACUGAGCCUAUCUCCACUGCCGGGCCGACGGAAGCUGAUUUCGCAAGAACGCGCGAUCUUGAGAAGGUUUUGACUGAGGCUGGAUUGUAUGAGAGCCCCGAGGAGGCGGUUCAGCGUGAGGAAGUUUUGGGAAGGCUUGACCAGCUUGUCAAGGAAUGGGUGAAGAAUAUUUGUCUUAGGAAGGGAUACAGUGAGCAGCUCACUCAAGAAGCCAAUGCCAAAAUUUUUACUUUUGGUUCUUAUAGAUUAGGAGUACAUGGACCGGGUACCGAUAUAGAUACACUUUGUGUUGGCCCCCGUCAUGUGAGCAGAGAGGAGGAUUUUUUUGGUGUCUUUCAUGGAAUGUUAGAAGCUAUGUCCGAAGUGACGGAACUUCAUCCUGUCCCGGACGCUCAUGUUCCAGUUAUGAGAUUCAAAUUUAGCGGAAUAAGCAUUGAUCUCUUGUAUGCUCCGCUUGCGGUGUGGACGAUUCCGGAGGAUUUGGAUAUUUCGCAAGAGUCCAUACUCCGGAAUUUGGACGAGCCGAGUGUCCGCAGUCUCAAUGGCUGCCGUGUCACAGACCAGAUAUUGCGAUUGGUUCCAAAUAUUGAGGUAUCUGGUUUUUUUCUCCUCUUUUAUAAUGUCAAUGAGCUUUCAACUAGCGGUAGUUUCUUUCAGCAUUUUCGGACUACGUUGCGGUGCAUGAAGCUGUGGGCCAGGAAGCGCGGCGUCUAUUCGAAUGUGACAGGAUUUCUUGGGGGUGUGAACUGGGCAUUACUUGUUGCGAGAAUCUGCCAGCUUUACCCGAACGCUCUUCCGAGCAUGCUGGUGUCACGGUUUUUCCGGGUUUACACACAGUGGCGGUGGCCCAAUCCUGUAAUGCUGUGCGAAAUAGAAGAAGGUUCACUGGGCCUAAGUGUUUGGGAUCCGCGGAAAAAUCCUCGUGACCGGACUCAUCAGAUGCCGAUUAUAACUCCUGCUUAUCCUUGCAUGAACUCGAGCUACAAUGUUUCUUCGAGCACGCUCCGAGUCAUGGUCGAGGAAUUCAGUCGUGCAAAUGGCAUCUGUGAGGUGAUUGAAAUGAAUAAAGCUGAAUGGAGUGCGCUUUUUGAGCCUUACGCUUUCUUCGAUGCCUAUAAAAACUACUUGCAAAUCGACGUCUUUGCUGCAGACAACGAUGAUCUCCGUAGAUGGAAGGGCUGGGUCGAGUCACGGCUCCGACAACUCACGCUCAAGAUCGAGAAACAUACGUAUGGCAUGCUCCAAUGCCAUCCACAUCCUUGCGACUUUGUGGACGAGUCUAAAGAAGGAAAGCACUGCGCGUUCUUCAUGGGGUUGCAAAAGAGACAGGGCCUUCCAUCACAGGAAGGGCAGCAGUUUGAUAUUCGUCUCACGGUAGAGGAGUUUAGGCAGUCCGUGACUGGGUAUCAGUUGUGGAAGGAAGGAAUGGACAUAGCAGUGUCGCAUGUCCGCCGGAGACAGAUUCCAGCCUACGUUUUCCCCGGUGGAACAAAGCCAGCUCGGCCUCCGAAAGUAACUGGAACCGGAAGGCUGGUUGGAACGAACUCGCUCCCGACGGAACUUGAUACACCACCUCUGAAGCGUAAGCUGGACUCGGAGACGACCCCUCCCGAAGGCUCCAGGCCCCUGCGACGUACUAAUACCGGCGUUUCGGAAGCUGGAAGCUGUCAAGCUCCCGCAAAGCCCGAGAAGCAGGAAGCAUACGCGGAUGCAACACCAGCUACGUUAUUGAGGCCGGAUGCGAACGCAGCAAAUUUUGGAUUUCCAGAAAUCCAACAGAAUGGACCGGGCUCGGCAGCUGUACAGGCUAAGCAGACGCAGCCGGCAACUUUCGUGUUUCAACAAACCGUCGCACCUUUGGAGGAGCUAGAGGCUGCGGGAACCUCGUCAAUCGCAGCAAGCAGUGCCGCAGCGGCAGCGGCAGCGGAGAUCCGGAGGCCCGUGAUCAGGCUUUGCUCCGCGAGUGUUCCACCAUCGACUAGUGCUCCGCCAGGAAACCAUUUUGUUAACCGGUGACGAUGGAGAGCUCGAUCGCUCAAGCAAAAUUCUUCCACAGUGAAAGGGAGCAAGACGAGGGAAAAGAAAUGGCUCUUCAUAGGAAGAUUUAUAGGCUGUGAGACACACGGUUAUAAUGAAUAUACAUACGUUUAAAACUCGA